AUGGUCGCUUCAUCUCCUGAACUCUUUCGGCUAUACCCGGACGCAUUGCGUGACUCGCAUAUCGCCCUAUAUUCGCUUCUUGUCUUGGCGCCAUUAACUUCACUUGUAUCGAAUGUGCUGCUAUACCGAGGAAAGAAAACGUCGCCAUCGCAGGUUUAUAUCUUGUCGUUGGUUGUACCAGCACUCGCCAUGUGGUCUCUCAUGUGGUAUUUACCCCAAGAGCAAAACGUGUAUAGGCUUCUAACAAUGAGUCGUGCAGAAUCUCAUUAUCAGUGGGCACAAAAGUACACUUUUUUUCGGAAGCACUACCAAACGGGAAACUUGUCACCCGAGGCUUGGCACUCAAUCGAUACUGCUUAUGACAGCAUUUACAAUGAUCGAUCGCGCUAUCUGUAUGACUUUUGGGGACCUGGUCAAGAGAAAAUGACAACGACAGAGACGAUGAUCAACGUUGGACUUUUUUACGUACUUUGGAGUGCAAUUGUUUAUGCUGUGACAACUCCCAAGGCUUCGCAAGCUGCAAGCAAGAUGUCAUAUGUGGUGCUUGCAAUUUUGCUAUCUAUUGAAAUGACGAUUCGGAUGACGAAUUAUGAUCCGAUAAUCAAAGAAAUAUCUCCAUAUACGACGCCGCGCGAGUCUAUAUUAUGGGGACAUUGGAUCUUUCCUAUUCUUGUUUUUGCCAGGGUCUCAGUUACGAAAGUAUUUUACAUUGACCUGGAUAAGCAUCAAGAGCGUGUGCUUGUUCGCAUGGUGGAGACGAAUGUAGAAACGAUGAAGGAGCUUCUGGCUCUGGACGACGAGUUGUCGUCAGAACGCGAAAUCACUAGUGAAACGAAGAAAGAGAAAUAA